CGCAGGAGUUUGAGUUGGACGAAAACCGAUGCCAGUAGUUGAUUUAUAUAUAUGACAAAUUAUUGAAGAUAAUCUAUUUUUUGAUUUGAUGGGUUAGCUAAAUAUACAUGUUCAUCAUAAAAGAAAGACAACAUAAGAGAGCUAGAUUCUCUCAUUAAGUUUGGCGUGACGUCAACGGGACGUGGGACGGUCCACUAAUAACUUCUGAUGAAUUUUGACUUGAAUGGCUACAAGAAUGAUGACACAGGCUUGUACAGCCACCUCACUGGGGUACCAAAGGCCUUGCUGCCCGGCAUUGGAGGAAAGAAGAUCCUUGACUUUUGGUGGGAAACGGUCAACAUGAGACAGUUGUUCACAGAAGUGUAUCUUGUCACUAAUGCAGACAAGUAUAAGUACUAUGAGCGCUGGGCGACAGCUAAUGACUUCCCGGUGGAAAAUGUGAUAAAUGAUGGCAGCACCACAUUGGAGGACCGCCUUGGAGCUGUGGCUGACCUGGAGCUGGCCAUACGCAGCCGUAAGCUGAAGGACGACAUCAUGGUGAUUGCAGGGGACAUGUUGUGUUCAGACCAGAACUUUGACAUUGCUCAAGUUAUCCGCUUCUUCAGGUCAAAGCCUGGAGAGCUGAUCAUAUACUAUGAACUGGAGGAAGGUGAGAAAAGCAGCUCCAGGGGCAUCGUGGAGGUCUGCCCUGACAACCAUAGGAUAACUCGCUUCUUGGAGAAACCACAGGAAGGGCUGACAGCCUCCCGACUGGCCAGCGUGGUGUUUUACUGCAUCCAGAGAGACACGCUGUCCUACCUGUCUGACUUCCUCAGUGUGCUGCCUCAGGCCAGAAACAGGUCCUUCGGACGAUUCUGGGAGUGGCUCAUCAAUGAGAAGCAGCUUGAUGUGUUCGGGAUGAAGCUUCCCACUGGCUUCCAGCUCAUUGGACAAGUGGGUCUGUCAGACUACACCAAGUGGCUCACCCACUACUCCACCAAGCAACAAGACAAUCCUGCUAAACCAAUCACGUGCCGGUCGUAUGCCAGGGUUGGAUUAAUGGGGAAUCCAUCAGACGGCUUCAACGGGAAAACCAUCGCUAUGAGCAUCUCUAACUUCUGGGCUGAGGUCACUCUAGUGGAGAGCCAGACUUUGGUAUUAGUCCCUCAUCCACUCAAUGACCCUACGGAGUUUGGAAGCUUGCAAGAUCUCUUCUGCAUCAGCAGGAAGGAAGGGUACCUUGGAGGCCUCCGGCUGCUGCAGGCCACCUGUAAGAAGUUCUACCAGUUCUGCUCCAAACAAGGCAUUGCUUUGACAAAGCAGAACUUCACAUUGAAGUAUGACACCAACAUUCCUCGGCAAGUGGGCCUCGCUGGAAGCAGUGCCAUCGUCUCAGCUACCCUGAAGUGUCUCAUGAAAUUCUACAACAUCACAGACAAUGAUCUCCCGAGGCCGAUCCGAGCCAACUUCAUCCUCAACGUGGAGACUGAUGAACUGUUCAUUACUGCUGGCCUGCAGGACAGAGUCGUGCAGGUCUAUGAAGGAUUAGUCUACAUGGAUUUCAGCAAGAAGCUCAUGGAAGAGCAGGGCUAUGGGAACUAUAUUUCUAUGGACAUGAGUGACCUUCCAUCGUUCUGGCUGGCCUACCUGAGCGACCCCAGCGACUCUGGACGCAUCCACAGCAACGUCCGCCAGCGCUGGCUCAGCGGGGAGCCGCAAGUAGUCGAGGCCAUGAAGACUUUUGCUGAGCUCACUGAUCAAGCAAGGACGGCUCUACAGGACAGAGACUGGAGCCGUCUGGCACAACUGAUGGACCAGAACUUCGAGCUGAGGAGGUCUGUGUACUCUGACGACUGCUUGGGUGCAUGUUUUGGCUCGGCGGUGAAGUUACCAGGCAGUGGAGGGGCUGUGGUGGGUCUGUGUGUGGACCAGACUAGACUGGUGGAGAUGAGGCAAGCUUUCCAGGAGGCAGGCUGUGUCUUCUGUGUCAUCGCACCAUACAACCCAUCUGCCAGCAAUGUCGGCGGCCAACACUAA